AUGAGUACUAUUGCAUCAGAAAAGAUAUUAUUAACAGAUAAUUCUUUAACAUCUGGUUCAGGGAAUAGUGAUCUUGAAAAAAUUGAAAAAAAAAUAGAUGAUUUAAGCGUACAAAACACAAAAACAAAAGAAUCAAAUAAUAAAAAAGAUUAUAACAAUAAUACAUUAGCAGAAAAUUAUAUUAGAGAAAAUACAAGUGAAAAAACAGAUACAAUUAGUGUGAAAGAUGAGGAAUUACAGAAAAAAGCAAAUAUUCAUGAUAACUUAGUUGAACAUGAGGAGAAUAUUACAGUAAAGCUAGCAGAUAUACAGGCUGAUCCUAAUUCACCUCUUUAUUCUGUUAAAAGAUUUGAAGAUCUUAUGCUUCAUGAAAAUUUGUUGAAAGGAAUAUAUGCCUUAAAAUUUCAGAAACCUUCUAAAAUUCAAGAAAAAGCAUUACCUUUGCUUCUUAGUAACCCACCUAGGAAUAUGAUAGGGCAAUCACAAUCAGGAACAGGGAAAACAGCAGCAUUUUGUUUGACUAUAUUAUCUAGGAUUGACUUUUCUGAAAAUACUGUUCAGGCUAUAUGUUUAUCACCAUCUAGGGAGCUUGCUAGGCAAACUAUGGAUGUUAUUGUUGAAAUGGGCCGAUUUACGCCAGUGAGAACAGCUUUUGGUAUCAAAGAUUCUGUAGCAAGGAAUGAGAAAAUAACUGCACAUGUUGUUGUUGGAACCCCAGGAACUGUUUUAGAUUUGAUUACUAGGAAAUCAAUUGAUACUAAAGAUAUAAGGGUUUUUGUAUUAGAUGAAGCGGAUAAUAUGCUUGACCAGCAAAAUCUUGGAGCUCAAUGUAUGAGAAUUAAAAGUCGAUUGCCAAAAACGACUCAAAUUAUCCUUUUCAGUGCUACUUUCCCUGAUGAUGUAGUAGAAUUCUCGUCAAGAUUUGCGCCUGGUGCUAAUGAAAUACGAUUAAAAACAGAAGAGCUAAGUUUAGAUGGAAUAAAACAACUUUAUAUGGAUUGCAAAGACGAACAGCACAAAUACGAUGUUUUGGUUGAAUUAUAUUCCCUUUUGACAAUAGGUCAAUCAAUUAUUUUUGUGAGACAACGCGAUCAAGCAGAUAAAAUAGCCAAAAAAAUGACAGAGAGUGGACAUGCUGUUACAUCACUGCAUGGAGCUCUUGAAAGUAAUCAAAGGGAUACAAUUAUGGAUGAUUUUCGAUCAGGGAAAAGUAAAGUUUUAAUAACAACUAAUGUUAUUGCUAGGGGAAUAGACAUCUCUCAAGUAAACAUGGUUGUUAAUUACGAUAUUCCAUUAGAUUAUAUGAAUAGACCUGAUCCUCAAACUUAUCUUCACAGAAUCGGUCGAACAGGAAGAUUUGGACGCAUUGGUGUUAGUAUAAACUUCGUACAUGACCGCAAAAGUUGGGAUGAAAUGAAUGUUAUACAACAAUAUUUCGGAAAACCAAUGAUUAAAGUUCCUACAGAUGAUCCAGAAGAACUUGAAAAAAUAAUAAAAGAAGCACUAAAAGCUUAA